AUGGGCGUCGGAUAUAAAGGCUUGCCGGCCAAGAGAAAUACGCAUGGCAAGCAGCCUCGUGGCGUCAUGGACCAGCUGCACGAUGCUUACAUCGAUGAACUUUUAAAUUUCAAAGGGAACCCAUUUGCAGGUGCUGAGAACUGGGUGGACCAAGUGGUUGCCGCAAGAGAUCCGCUCGAUAAGCCGUUCCAAGAGUCUCCAUCGGUUGGAUGGUCCGAAUCCAAUCCUGAUCCGGAAGGUUGUCCCUCCGAAUACAGUGGGCACGAUGAAGCUGGAGCUUCUCACGCCGAAGGUCAUGCCGCCGGCUACUAUUCGCCUGAAGAACUUGCAACCUGUUGUGCUCAAUAUUCCUCCUACGAGGAUUCGCGCGAGGGACCUGAAGAUGGUACUCCCUCCAAAUAUUCGCACAGAGGGAUUUCAACCCGUGCCGGCCAGCGGUCGUGUCUUUUCCCAUCGGGUUUUGCAGCUGAGCUCCCGCCCACUACGGCGGCAACUACGUCGGCGGACAGGAUCGAAAUGUGUAUACAACUGAGGAAUUCGUGUCGUCAGGAUGAGAAUCUUGCGCCUCCCGCGGUGGUGAAAAGUAGGCCAACUCGUGCCCAUGCCCAUGCCUAUGCCCAGACCGUCCCGAUCGGGAAAAUACGGCGAUUUAGCCGGGCUCCUCAUGAACGUCAAAGGGGCAGGUGGACGAUCUGA